GUUGGGGGAUUUGUCAAAUUUAAAAAGAAACACGGAACAAGCCGCGCCCCGCGGCUCUGGCUUUCAGUUUCUCUCGCCCCCUUAUAUCAUGGGUGGCUCCGCCUGCGUCCCGGCUUCUCCCGGCGCGCGGGGCUGAGCAGCGGACACCCGGGCAAGCGCCGAGCCGAGCCGAGGUCAGCUCCCGUCGGUGCUCGCUGGCGGAGCGGGGCGGGCAGGUAACUCCUCUGGUACAGACCAGCCAGGGGACUGCGGCAGAAGAGAACGGGGUGAAGUUGCUGCAGCCAGUCGGGUUGGGCAGUGACAGCACUUGCUAAGACCCUGUUGGCUCUGGAGCUUCAAGCAGUGCCCAGGAUAGUUUUGAAUCCAUUCAUUCAAAUGCAACCCAGACACAGCUCAGUGGGUGGGUGUGGCUGGGUAAAACACAAGUACAAAUUGUAUUUGAAAAGUGUUUUAUCGAAUCACCCCACGUAGCUGAGCCGUGCCUGAGCCACAAUCGAGUGAGUGGCUUUGAAAUUGCCUUGCAAGGGCUCUGCUCAUACUACCAAGCCCAGGUGCAUUAGCUACAGUUGAGUGCAUCAGGUCCCCAUGCCCGGAUACUGGGAUUUGAUGCCUUCUGCAGUGGAAAAAAAGAGGGAGAAUGGAUCCUGUGUCAAGGCUGAGCCUACAUAUUUCCAGGAAGACUUUCAGAAAGGAAAAGGACAGACUCAUAUGACCAUCCCUUUGCAGGAUGGAGAGAGAAGCACAAAGACUCCUCAAGGCUGCCUGGCCAUGCUCCCGCCAUGGAUAUCUCUCUUGCUGAUUCUGAGUGUGGCUCUCAAUCUCUGUCUUGUAAUUCCCCUCAUCGCACACUCAGCAAAGAGGCCUGAACAACAUCCAGCUGCUCCUGCCAUCCCCGUGCUGUCCUGUCCUGCUGACUGGAUUGGCUACCUGGGGAGAUGUUACUAUUUCUCCGAGGCCAAGGGGAGCUGGGACUCCAGCCAGAGCAGCUGCUCCUCUCUCGGUGCCUCACUGGCCAGGAUUGACAAUGAGAAGGAAAUGGCCUUUCUAAUGCGCUAUAAAGGCCACUCAGACUACUGGAUUGGCCUCCGGAGGGACCCAGGCCAGCCCUGGCAAUGGGCUGAUGGCACCAACUUCACUCGCUGGUUUUCAGUACUGAAUGAAGGACUCUGCGCUUACAUGAAUGACAAUGAUAUUGCCAGCUCCAGCUGCACCAAGCAAGGACUCUGGCUCUGCAGCAAACCAGCCAAGGAACCCACAUGCAAAAUGAGUGACUAACGUGGGCCUGCCAGCCCACUCCUCUUAUUGGCUCUUGGACCCAUCAAAGAAAGGCUACCUCAGGCACAUGUCAUCUGGGAGACGACAUAGAAGCAGCAGCAAAUAAAGGAACAGGAUAAAAAAUCACAGCCGGAGAAUCCCCAUGAAAACUUUGAAGACGGGGGAUGCAGAGGACCCUUGCUAGGUCUCUGUAGGCCCACAAAGGAGGAACCUCUAAAGGGCAUGAUUUGGCAGGAAUUUAAAUUGCAGGCUUGGGAUCUUAUGUGCAGCGUGGAGGCAACAAAUUCUUUUGGUGAGAGGAUAUCUCAUAACCCUGCUCAUGCCCCAAGCUGCUCAUGGCGUGUGCAGGCUUUUACUUGCACAUCUCCUGCUGAAGACUGAGUUGCUGUGUGCAGUGAACCAGCUCCCUUGUGGGGCACAGUGGGUUUGGCAGCAUUGGGGGGUUGUUGGUGGUGAGGCAGGGAGGGAGAGACUUUCUCCACAUGUAAAUUAGAGGCGAGUCAAGCCAGGUGUUUAGCGAUAUUUUUAUUUUUAUUUUACUUAGUAUAACUUCUGCUUUUCGGCGGAGCUUUGUAUAAGGAACCACAGCUAAACCAGUCUGCCAGAGCA